GCGUGAGACACACAGUGAGGGAGAAGGUGCUGGUGCAGUCCACAGCUGCAGGAGGUCUGACAGACAGAGGGAUAAGGAGGAGGAGGAAAGCACGAGCACAGAGGAAGAGAGACACAGACCAGAGGAGUUAGCUCACGUCAGAGUGCUGAAUCCGAGGGAAAGAAAAACUCAACGCCACAGCAGUAAGAUGUCAUGGCGCCCAACAUACAGAGGCUCCAAGUUUCGAAACGUCUACGGCAAGGCGGGCAGCAGGGAGCAAUGCUUCGACGGCAUUCCCAUCACCAAGAACGUCCAUGACAACCACUUCUGCGCUGUCAAUGCCAAGUUCCUGGCCAUCGUCACUGAGAGUGCAGGAGGAGGGUCUUUCCUUGUCAUCCCUGUCACCAAGUCCGGCCGAAUUGACCCCCAUCAUCCCAAGGUGUGUGGUCACCAGGGCAACGUGCUGGACAUCAAAUGGAACCCCUUUAUGGAUGACAUCAUUGCUUCGUGUUCAGAGGACUGUUCUGUGCGGAUAUGGCAGAUCCCGGAGGGCGGGCUGAGGCGUCACAUGAAGGAGGCAGUGCUGGAGCUGUAUGGACACAGCCGGCGCGUGGGCCUCAUCGAGUGGCACCCCACCUGCAGCGGAAUCCUCUUCAGCGCCGGAUACGACUACAGGAUCCUAAUCUGGAACCUGGAGAUGGGUGAGGCAGUAAAGAUGAUUGACUGUCACCCAGAUGUUGUCCUCUGCAUGUCCUUCAAUAUGGAUGGCAGCCUGUUGGCCACCAGCUGCAAGGACAAGAAGCUACGUAUUAUUGAGCCGAGAUCUGGUAGAGUGCUGCAGGAAGCAAACUGUAAGAAGCACAAGGUGAACAAAGUUGUGUUCCUGGGAAACACAAAGCGUCUGUUGACAACAGGUGUAUCACAAUGGAACACCAGACAGAUUGCAUUAUGGGAUCAGGAGGAUCUUUCCUUGCCCAUCAUGGAGGAAGAGAUUGAUGGCUUGUCUGGGUUGCUCUUCCCUUUCUAUGAUGCAGACACACACAUGCUCUACCUGGCUGGGAAGGGUGAUGGGAAUAUCAGGUAUUAUGAGGUCAUCCCAGAGAAGCCCUACCUGCAGUAUCUGAUGGAGUUCAGGUCCCCCGACCCACAGAAGGGACUCGGUGUGAUGCCGAAGCGGGGGCUUGAUGUGGGUGCCUGCGAGGUCUUUCGCUUCUACAAGUUGGUGACUCAGCGGAGCCUGGUCGAGCCCAUCUCCAUGAUCGUGCCAAGGAGGUCAGAGACGUACCAGGAGGACAUCUACCCCCUGACCCCUGGGACACAGCCUGCUGUCACUGCAGAGGAGUGGCUCAGUGGAAUAAACAGAGAUCCUGUUCUCAUGUCCCUGAAGGAGGGCUACCAGCGGCGGACUCCACUGGUGUUCAAGGCCCCGGUGAAAGAGAGGAAGAGUGUGAUGGUGAAGGGUAUUGACCUCCUGGAGAAUGUGCCUCCCAGGACAGAGAACGAGCUGCUGCGGAUGUUCUUUCGACAGCAGGACGAGCUGAGGAGGCUGAGGGAGGAGCUCACGCAGAAGGACAUCAGAAUCCGGCAGCUGGAGCUGCAGCUCAACAACCUGAGGAACAGCCCCAACAACAUCAUCUGACCUUUAACCCACGAGGAACACCCCUAACACAUCUUACCCCUGACCCCCAACACUCUAACCCCACCGUGCCUCUCCCACUCCACACACCUGAGCAGUGUCCUGCCACCCAGCCCUGUGGGAAACACAAGCAGUGACAGGACUGAACCACAGAGCUGAGCAGCUAGAUGGUGUUUAGAUUACUUUCAUAAACUAUACAGUUUCUGCUCUCAGCAUUAUGGUGCAUCAUAAGAGCUUUUCCCAUUGACUAAAUGAGGAGAUUAGGGCUGCUUAUUAUUAUUAUGAAUUAUUAAACUGUCAUUGGAUCCUGAAGGUAACAGCAGGGUGUUAAUUUCUACCUCUUAAUAUUCAUGAGUACAAACAAAACCCAAUAAAUUUGAUGCGGUCAUCGCAAUGGACAC